AUGAAAGUGUCGAAACUGCUUGAAAUUGUUGCUACCGAAUUAAAUGCAUCACCUCGACAGCUAAAAAGUGUACUGAGAGAUCUCGAUAAUUUGAUAUCAACGGCUGUUGAGGAAAAUCAACUGCUAUCAAGGCGAUCAUCUUUUCUGCUCAAAGGUCGCUGCUCUACGAAAAAGCGCAUUGGCUAUUCGCUGCAGGGUAUUAAUGAACGAAAAUUUCGUUAUGAUCAUCCAGCAAUCGGCUCGUAUGAAACAGUAAAAGAAGAUGGAACAUUACUCUAUGAGAAAUUCAUCAAAGACAAACGAAAAAUUGACAGGAAUCAUUCGAUCGAUUUAGGUGAAUUAAGUAGGCGUACUGUUGUAAAAUUUGACGCUUGA